CCACCAGGUCAAAGAAGCAGAACCAGAGAUCAGAUGUCAUGGUGACCAUGAUGUACAUGGGCCAGGGGCUGAACAAGACUUCCCAGGAGGAGGUGAAAGUUCUGCAGCAAGUAUGUGGAGGAGAGAACCUCUGUGUCUUCAAGGGGUCUGUGCAGCCAGGAGAGCAAUUCCAGUUCAGAUCCCAAAGGCACGUGGGCUUCCCUUUCAGUGCUACGUUCUACGUGAAUGGCAUCAUGUCGGGAAGGAUUAGCUCUUGCUGUGAGUACCGCUACACCCCUGGUGCUCAUCAAGGGAAAAAGAGCUGUUUCAGACUGACACGCCUCGCUGGAGGGAAGCCGUGCUAUAGGUGUGUGAAUGCAAGAUACGUCACAACUCCGCAGCCCCUCCCCCAAAACAACGUUCCGGAGUCAUGCCCUUCGUCCCCUCUGUUUGUUCCCAUGGGGACUGAGCGGUCCCUGCGAGGGUUGAGAGCGCCCUCUAAAGACGGGAACUGCACAUCGACGGACAGUGAGGAGCUGGAAGGCACGAGGAGGGGGAGAGCAAGGGCCAAGAGCCGCAAGCAGCAGCCCAGCCUGAGGAGGAGCAGCAAAGCAUCAGAGGUCCUCCAAGACCACAUAGAUGAGCGCCUCCCAGACAACAGACAGAGGGGCCAAGAGGCCAGAGUGAAUGUUGCUGAAAAUAGAUGUCAGAAGAUCAAGUAG